UCAUGAUAGAUGGGAUUUAUCCGAAAAAAUAACAGAUGUUUUCAGAAGCUACUUAGCCACAUUUUUCGCGGGGGUCGAACUCUCCCGAAUAAGAGUUCAUUGUUCGCCUCUAUUUUCGGCGAUUAAAUUCUGUUUUCUGUGUGACUUAUCUAAGAUAACUUGAAAGUCAAAAAUCAUGUUCGCCAGACUUCAUAAAUUUCAAUUACCUAACCUACAUUGCCUAUCUAGCGCACUUAUCGAUUCGUGUUUAUGAAAAGUACUUGGGCUUUUGCUUGUUUCCCCACUAGUUUAGUUCCCAAUCGGUCAUAGAGAAGCAUGUCGACUCCAAUAUUGCUGACACAACGCUCCCAAGACGUCUCCGUGCCCAGCUGGGUGGAUUCCAAGGAUCUGGAAGAUGUGCUGAAGAAGGAGAUACCUGAUUUUCGAAAGAUAGAGUCUUCGCAAUACAAAUGGGAGCAGCAGCUAUCACAGCCGGCACUUCGAGUUCAACUUACUGUUCAAUGUGCAGCAAACAAGAGACGCCAAGUGAAUUACCUGAUCAAAUCGAAGGAGACUAUAGCCAGUGGCUUGAAGCUGCCCAUCAAAGGGGACUUCUCCGUGGAGCUCUUCAUGUACGAAGCAGUCCUGCCUGCUCUGGAAGACUUAUACAAAAAUGUGGAGAAGACUAUCCUCUUCAGUCCUGCCUCUUUCAAGUCCAAGCAGAAAUCUGAGUGCCUGUAUUUGGACUAUAUUCUAGCCAAGGGCUACUCCCUGGCCACAACCCCCAAGGGUCUGUCCCCAACUGCCAUGGAGACGGUACUUUCCAAACUGGCGGCUUAUCAUGCGGGAACCGCUUGCUAUAUAGAGCGUAAUCGGGGCAAGAUUAGGGAGCUUCCAAAGCUUGGAGCCCCAUUGGAAUUUGGGGGCGGGGCCGGCGAAUUGAAGAGCUUGUUCCAAAUGAAAUUUCAUGAAAGCCUCCGAUCGAAUGACAUCAGGGAAUACGAAGAUAAGGUGAAAGCAUUUCAAAAAUAUUUGAAAGCCCAUUUAGGCUCAUUUGAUACGAAGUCCUCAUUCAAUGUCAUCCUCAAUGGAUCCUGUUGGCCGAAUAACUUGGUCUAUCAAUCCGAUGCCUUUGGCAACGUUAAGGAUCCCCUCUUCAUUGACUUUCAAGCUGCCAAGUAUGGACCUGCUGUCUACGAUCUUUUUAGCUUGCUCCUCACUGCUCCAGCUGAAAAAUCCACAAGAUUCGAUGGCUAUCUGAACUACUACCAUGAUCAGUUGUUGGCCAACCUGAAGCUGUUACAGUUCCAGGGAAAGAAGCCUAGUCUCACUGAUUUGCAGCUGGAUCUACUGAAAUACGGUCAUUGGGGUUUUGAGGUAGCCACGGAAGUACUACCCAUUGUUCUGGCGGAGUUGGAGACCAGCGAUGUUGAGGAUCUGUUCAGGAACCCAGUAUUUGGACACCAAAUAAGAGAAAUCUUACCAUGGCUAGAGAAUCGUGGUUAUUUUGAAGAAGAUUAGGAGGCUAUUGUCAUGUAAAAUCUUCAAAAAAUUAACGUUUAUUGAAUAAAAUUUAAAAUA